GCUGCCGCGCCGCGUCCCCGGGAGCGGCCAGGGCGCCGCGGCCGUGGGGGCGUCAAUGGAUCGCCAUUCCAGCUACAUCUUCAUCUGGCUGCAGCUCGAGCUCUGCGCCAUGGCUGUGCUGCUCACCAAAGGUGAAAUCAGAUGCUACUGUGAUGCUGCCCACUGUGUGGCGACCGGCUACAUGUGUAAAUCCGAGCUCAGCGCCUGCUUCUCCAGACUUCUAGAUCCUCAGAACACAAAUUCCCCACUCACCCAUGGCUGCCUAGACUCUCUUGCAAGCACAGCUGACAUCUGCCAAGCCAAACAGGCGCAAAACCACUCUGGCACCGCCAUGCCCACAGUGGAAUGCUGUCAUGAAGAUAUGUGCAAUUACAGGGGCCUGCAUGAUGUUCUCUCUCCCCCCAAGGGGGAGGCCUCAGGACAAGGAAACCGAUACCAGCAAGAUGGUAGCAGAAACCUCAUCACCAAAGUGCAGGAGCUGACUUCUUCCAAAGAGCUGUGGUUCCGGGCGGCAGUGAUUGCUGUCCCCAUCGCCGGAGGGCUGAUUUUAGUGUUGCUUAUUAUGUUAGCCUUGAGGAUGCUGCGAAGUGAAAACAAGAGGCUGCAGGAUCAGCGGCAACAGAUGCUUUCACGUUUGCACUACAGCUUUCAUGGACACCAUUCUAAAAAGGGGCAGGUUGCAAAGUUAGACUUGGAAUGCAUGGUGCCCGUGAGUGGGCAUGAGAACUGCUGUCUGACCUGUGAUAAAAUGAGACAAGCAGACCUCAGCAACGAUAAGAUCCUCUCGCUGGUUCACUGGGGCAUGUACAGUGGGCACGGGAAGCUGGAAUUUGUAUGACCGGGUCUUAUCUGAAUUGAACUUUUGGACGCUUGAAGGUCUUUGAGUUCUGCUGGACAGGAGCACUUUAUCUGAAGAAAAACAAACUCAUGUAAUCAUCUUUGAGAGAUAGAAUGACCUCUGCAAACAGAAUUUUGGAUAUUUCUUCUGAAGGAUUAUUUGCACAGACUUACAUACAGUCAAAUGUAUUAUUUGCGGUAAAAUUAUAAAAAGCAAAGCAAAGACUAUGUACACAUUGUUACCAGGGUUAUUUACAUCUGAGGGAGCUGGAACCGAGUACUUAAAUAAACUAAAACAUGCUCUAUGUAAGCUCCUACAUCUUGAUUUAUUGUAAAGAUUUAAAAAUAUAUAUAUAUUUUGUCUGAAA